CCAACAUUACCAUAGAUUAUAACGCAAUUUCUAACAAGAACUACAUAAGAUAAAAUAGUGGAGGCAUAAAAUAGUGAAGGCUCUUUAAAAAUAGAUGCUAUAUGCACUCUAUAAAAAAUGGAUAUAUAUACAGAGGGUGGUAAUAAAACUAUAUUCAGUUUAUAAUCAGCUGUGUCGCAAAUCACUUCAAAAUGAACUCUUUGGUUGCUGUGUUUUUUGUUGCCACAAUGGCUUACGCACAAGCAUCAGUCUGGGCUGUAGGAGGAGCUACCACUCUUGUUGGUCCCGCUAAUCCCGGAGCUAUUAUCAAAGGACCUGCUGCUAAAGCUGCAGUAGUUGGACCUGACGGAAGUGUCAUCACUUCUUCUGCACAAGCUGGCGCUGUUGCUGCUGCUCCUAUUGCUGGAGGAGUCGUGAGUUCCGCUGUCACUCCAGGUGUAGUUGCUACACCGGGACUAAUUGGUGUGCAAUCAUAUGCAGUGCCAGUUCCUAUUGCUUCCCCAUGGGGUGUUGGCUUAGGACACUGGUAAAUCGAUGUUUACUUUUUCCAUA